UGUUGUUUCUGUAAAUAGAAAAAUACGUUUUUUUUUUUAUCUGUUCAGUAAAUACCUGUAAUAUUCUCAUCUUCACAGUCGUGACUAAGUUUUGAAGCAGGAAUAUCUGGAGGAGUAUCAGUUGAACUGAGAUCUGCUGUGAAGAUGCUGUUUGUUAAAGAGGAGAGUGAGGAGAACACGAGUGAACCAGAAACCUGCAGAAUAAAACAUGAGGAACCAGAAACCUGGAGAAUAAAACACGAGGAACCAGAAACCUGGAGAAUAAAACACGAGGAACCAGAAACCUGGAGAAUAAAACACGAGGAACCAGAAACCUGGAGAAUAGAACACGAGGAACCAGAAACCUGCAGAAUAAAACACGAGGAACCAGAAACCUGGAGAAUAAAACAGGAGGAACCAGAAACAUGGAGAAUAAAACACGAGGAACCAGGAACCUGUAAAAUAAAACAGGAGGAACCAGAAACCUGCAGAAUAAAACAUGAGGAACCAGAAACCUGGAGAAUAGAACACGAGGAACCAGAAACCUGGAGAAUAAAACAUGAGGAACCAGAAACCUGGAGAAUAGAACACGAGGAACCAGAAACCUGGAGAAUAAAACACGAGGAACCAGAAACAUGCAGAAUAAAACAGGAGGAACCAGAAACAUGGAGAAUAAAACACGAGGAACACGGAGAAUUUAUUGAAGAAAGUGAGGAGAAAGAAGUAUUGAGUGAAGAUGAGGAGAAACAUCAUGUCAAAACUGGAGAAAAACCUUCGAGUUGCUCUCAAACCAAACAGAAAGAUUUAAAGAAAAGAGGAGCCAAGAAAUCUUUCACCUGCACUCAGUGUGGAAAGAGUUUGACAUGCAAAUAUAGUCUUAAUGUUCAUAUGAGAGUUCAUACUGGAGAGAAACCGUUCACUUGUGAUCAGUGCGGGAAGAGUUUCACGCGAUUAUUAAGCCUUAAGGUACACAUGAACAUCCACACUGGAGAGAAACCUUACAAGUGUUCACACUGUGACAAGAGAUUCAUUCGGUCAGGAGACCUAAAGAAACACAAGGUAGUCCACACUGGAGAGAAACCACACACGUGUGAUCAGUGCGGGAAGAGUUUCACACUAAAAGAAAGCCUAAUAGGACAUAUGAGAAUUCAUACUGGAGAGAAACCGUUCACCUGUAAUCAAUGUGGAAAGAGUUUUGCACAAUCGUCAAACCUUAAGGUACACAUGAACAUCCACGCUGGAGAGAAACCUUAUAAGUGUUCACACUGUGACAAGAGAUUCCGUCAGCCAACACAUCUGAAAACACAUGAGAGGAUCCACACUGGAGAAAAACCACACACAUGUGAUCAGUGUGGGAAGAAUUUUGCACGAAUAGGAAGCCUUAUGACACAUAUGAAAGUUCAUACAAGAGAGAAACUGUACACAUGUAAUCAAUGUGGAAAGAGUUUGAAAUGCCAAUAUAGUCUUUCUGUUCACAUGAGAGUUCAUACUGGAGAGAAACCAUUCACUUGUGAUCAGUGUGGGAAGAGUUUCACACAAUCAGCACACCUUAAGAAACACAUGAACACCCACACUGGACAGAAACUGCACACAUGCGAUCAAUGCGGUAAAAUGUUUUUAUGGGCUUCAGUUCUAAAGAAACACCUGAAAGUUCAUUCAAAGGAGAAGCCACAUUCAUGCCAUUUGUGUGGAAAGAGUUUUUUCCGUUUUUCAAUUUUGAAAGAACAUCAGAAAAUACAUACUGGUGUGAAAGAGUACAUGUGCAUUGAGUGUGAAAAGACUUUUACUUCAGUAAAGUGUUUACAACUGCAUGAGAGGAUCCACACUGGAGAGAAACCUUAUAAGUGUUCACACUGUGACAAGCGAUUCAGUGAUUCAGCAAAUCUGAAAAGACACGAGAGGAUCCACACUGGAGUGAAACCUUAUAAGUGUUCACACUGUGACAAGAGAUUCAGUGUGUCAUCAAAUCUGAAAACACAUGAGAGGAUCCACACUGGAAAGAAACCAUAUCACUGCACUGCAUGUGGGAAGCGUUUCACGCAUUUAUCUGCUCUACUCAGUCAUACAAAAAAACAAUCACAAGUUGAUUGAAGAAAACAAGGAGAAUAAAGAAUCGGUUGAAGUUGAGGAGAAAAAUCAUGUCAAAACUGGAGAAAAACCUACCAAACAGAAAGAU